AUGGACUAUAGGACGACAAUCGACUUUUUAUUAGCACUGAUAAAUCAUUAUUUAGUCGAUAUGUCAUGUUUUAUCAUUGGGGAUCAGAGGAUAACCCCAACAUUAGACGACGUGGCCAGAAUUACGGGGUUCUCCAUUGAUGGCUUGCCAGUAAUUGGACGGGAUUAUAAAGCUGAUGAAUGCCCCGGUAUCUGCAGUGAGUUAUUGUUAUCGCCGAGGCUUCUCCAUCCGAAGAACAGAUGUGAUGUAAUUCUCAAGGAAUUACUAUCUUUCAAGGACAUUCCCCUCGUUUUAGUUGGGGCUGGACUUGAUCCAUACGUUAGAGCAUAUGUCCUUUACGUCAUCGGAUGCUUUCUUAGUCCCCGUAGGGAUCAUUCUUCAGUUCCGUGCAUGUACUUGUCCUUGUUGAGAGAUGUGGAUGCUAUUCAAAAUUAUGCAUGGGGAGCUGCAUUAUUAGAGAAUUUUGAAGAAAGAGAGUUGUUUUCUAUCUUUCCAUUAAUGAUGGGAUGGUCUCAAGCGGUGGAACGCAAGUCCAAAAACUCCUAUAUCAAAAACAAAAGAGAGGGAUUUGAUGUGAUGCUUAUAAAUGAAAAUAUUGUGUGGCAGCCAUAUGCAAGAUUGCUCGACAAUUUUCUGCCUCAUUAUCUUGUUAGGCAGAUGGAUGUUGCACUUUCCCACACAAUAUUGAUAUGUUUUGAAAAAUUAGCAUAUGAUCGACCGGACUUGUGCCCACUUAAGUGGAAUUUUGCCGGUUGA